AUGCUGGAGGAGGAUGAAAGUGCGGCGAGCAUGGGCUUGAAGACAUGGAAGAAGAACAGGUCUAGACGAGAGAAGAUCAAGCUGAAAUACUACCUGGCUGGCGGCUCAUGUCGGUUCAUGUUCGAGACGCCCGCAUCAUUGGUGAAAGAGAGGCUGGAUGAAGCUUUGAGUUUCUGUUCAAACCUAGAAGUCGUCUUCAGUGGCAUCGUGGGCGACUCAUCACCGCAGGCGGUAAACCACUUGAUUGCGUGCUUCAAGUACAACGGGGAAUCGAACUGGAUGCCUGUGAGCAAGUAUGUCGCGACGAAGCUUGCAGAAGCGGCAGAACUAGACACGCUGAAGAGGCUGUUCUCAAAGUACGGGGCAAGCAAUCCGACUACAAGGGGCCAUCUUUUCGAGCUUUUCUCUUUCAAGAAGAUAGAGUGCGGGCUGAGCCUGAGGUAUCGGGGAUCUCAAGAGGUCAGGCAAUGGGAGGGAUGUCCAGUCAUCACCUUUGAUGCAAAGGGAGGCAUGCAAACGCUUCCUGCAGAGAGAACUUGCUUGAAGCCCGUCAACCCCCUUCAAGGAGGCUACGACGCUAUCAUAGUAGAGCCUCGCGGGAAGUUAGUAGAGUUUGUGCAGGUGACAGAGGCAGACGUCCACUCUUUCAAGCUGGCUUUCUUCGCAGAGGCUCUCACGGGGCUAGGCAUCCCAGCAGCUGGAUGGAAGGUGAGGGUGGUGUUCAUGGUGCCGCAAGACAGGCUCGAGAGCUUUCGGAUAGGCAAAAUCAAGGGCUGCGGUGCGCUGGAGAAGUACGGAUGGAAGGGAGGGCAGGAAGAAAGGCAGGCAGAGGUAGCGGGUAUGGAUAUCGCGUGA